GGUCCGCGGGGGCAGCGGCGGGGACGCGGGCGGCUGGGCCGCGGCCGCCCCUCCUCCGCCGCUCCGCCCCUCGCUCCCGCCCGCGGGCCGCCGCCUCCUCCUUUCUCUCUCGCUCCGUCGCUCCGGCCCGGAAUCCAUUCCGGCCCGGGAGCCGGAGCGGCCAGGCCGCGUCUGCCGACCCGCUGGCCGCGCGGGCUGCGCCUCCAGGCUGUCGCCGCGCGCCGCGGCCCAGAACGGAAGCCAGAGGCUGGUAGAGGUGGCUGUGAGCGGCAGAGCCGGAUCUGAAGCCAGGUGAGCCCGCGCUGGCCCUUCAGAAGGAGGAAGCUUCCAUGUGCACGUGCGCACACUCGGCAGAAAAAUCAGUUCAGACAGCCUGGAAGGAGACGGGUCUCCCUGCCAGAGGCGACCGCUGCAGAGCCCGGCGUGUCCUUCCAGGGAGAUCAGGCACAUAUGAGGACGCCGAGGCCCAGAGAGGGGACACAGCCUGGAAAGGCAGAGUAGGGUCUCCGAAGUUCCAGACCUUGGACUCCAUACCUGGUGUUUGAGCGGAGACCCCAGGCUGCUUCCCAGAUCCUCUGGGGCGGCCCUGCCUUCCACCAGCCAGGACCAUGGGCAGCAACAAGAGCAAGCCGAAGGACGCCAGCCAGCGGCGCCGCAGCCUGGAGCCGGCCGAGGGCACCCACACGGCGGGCGGCGCCUUCCCCGCCUCGCAGACGCCCAGCAAGCCGGCCUCCGCCGACGGCCACCGCGGCCCGGGCGCCGCCUUCGCCCCCGCGGCCGCCGAGCCCAAGCUCUUCGGGGGCUUCAACUCGUCGGACACCGUCACCUCCCCGCAGAGGGCGGGGCCGCUGGCCGGUGGAGUGACCACCUUUGUGGCCCUCUAUGACUACGAGUCACGGACAGAGACGGACCUGUCCUUCAAGAAAGGGGAGCGGCUCCAGAUUGUCAACAACACGAGGAAGGUGGAUGUCAGCCAGACCUGGUUCACAUUCAGAUGGCUGCAAAGAGAGGGAGACUGGUGGCUGGCCCACUCACUCAGCACCGGACAGACUGGCUACAUCCCCAGCAACUAUGUGGCGCCUUCUGACUCCAUCCAGGCUGAGGAAUGGUAUUUUGGCAAGAUCACCAGGCGGGAGUCAGAGCGAUUGCUGCUCAACACGGAGAACCCAAGAGGGACCUUCCUGGUGCGAGAAAGUGAGACCACGAAAGGUGCCUACUGCCUCUCGGUGUCCGACUUUGACAACGCCAAAGGCCUCAACGUGAAGCACUACAAGAUCCGCAAGCUGGACAGCGGGGGCUUCUACAUCACCUCCCGCACCCAGUUCAACAGCUUGCAGCAGCUGGUCGCCUACUACUCCAAACACGCCGAUGGCCUGUGCCACCGCCUCACCACCGUGUGCCCCACGUCCAAGCCGCAGACCCAGGGCCUGGCCAAGGACGCCUGGGAGAUCCCCCGCGAGUCGCUGCGGCUGGAGGUCAAGCUGGGCCAGGGCUGCUUCGGGGAAGUGUGGAUGGGAACCUGGAACGGCACCACGAGGGUGGCCAUCAAAACCCUGAAGCCCGGCACCAUGUCUCCAGAGGCCUUCCUGCAGGAGGCCCAGGUCAUGAAGAAACUGCGGCACGAGAAGCUGGUGCAGCUCUACGCCGUGGUGUCGGAGGAGCCCAUCUACAUCGUCACCGAGUACAUGAGCAAGGGGAGUUUGCUGGACUUUCUCAAGGGGGAGACCGGGAAGUACCUGCGGCUGCCACAGCUGGUGGACAUGGCCGCUCAGAUCGCCUCGGGCAUGGCGUACGUGGAGCGGAUGAACUAUGUCCACCGGGACCUCCGUGCCGCCAACAUCCUGGUGGGGGAGAGCCUGGUGUGCAAGGUGGCUGACUUCGGGCUGGCCCGGCUCAUCGAGGACAACGAGUACACGGCCCGGCAAGGUGCCAAAUUCCCCAUCAAGUGGACGGCUCCAGAAGCCGCCCUGUAUGGCCGGUUCACCAUCAAGUCCGACGUGUGGUCCUUCGGAAUCUUGCUGACGGAGCUCACGACAAAGGGACGGGUGCCCUAUCCUGGGAUGGUGAAUCGCGAGGUGCUGGAUCAAGUCGAGCGGGGAUACCGGAUGCCCUGCCCGCCUGAGUGUCCCGAGUCGCUGCAUGACCUCAUGUGCCAGUGCUGGAGGAAGGAGCCCGAGGAACGGCCCACCUUCGAGUACCUGCAGGCCUUCCUGGAGGACUACUUCACGUCGACCGAGCCCCAGUACCAGCCGGGGGAGAACCUAUAGAGCAGGCAGGCCAGACUGCUUCUCGGCACCAUCCUGGGCAGGCAGCCCCUGCAGGGGCUCUGGCCUCCCUCUGCCUGCCGCUGCGUCUGCGGGGCUGAAUUGCUCUGUCUUUGGGGGCAUAGAAGGGCUUUGGGACCUGGCGCAGCCCGUGAGGACGGGUCCAAGGCCAGCACAGCCCAGCGCCUGCCCUGGCCGCCUGCCUCCUGUCUACAUUCCCUCCUGAGCUCUGCCCGUCCCUGGAGGAGGAAUUGGGAAGAAGGGCUGGGCGCCAUUUUUCUAGCCUCCAACUGCUCCGCUCGCCUGGUCCCCUCCCUAUACUGAUGCCCCCAGGUCUGUCUCCAGAGCUGGCCAAAGAGCCUUUCCAAAGAGGAGUGAUCGGCCCAGCCUCGCCUGCCGCCACCCUGCCCCUCGCCCCCUCUUUCUGGAGGUGGAGGUUGCUGGGUCCAGACCCCUCUGCCGGCUGCCAGGCUCGCAGCCCCAGGCCUGGCGUGACUUGGCAGUGGUGGGUGGGGAGGACUCAGCCCUGCCCUCCGUCCACCCAAGGUACCCUUGGAGAUCUUUGAUUUCUUCCUCCCAUUUUGCCCAUGGGGAAGCUGAGUCUGGAGAGGGGAUGUGAUCGGGUUGGAGCGGGAUGGCACCUGGUGCUCCCUCCGUCUUCCUCAGGAACUGAGAGUUGUCCUCAGAGGCAUUACAGACAGAUGGGCAGCCUAGGGCCAAGGGGCCGGGUGGUUAGAGAGCAAAGUCCUGCUGCCCUGCCUAGGUCGAGGGGAGGGACAGAGGCAGAGGCGCUGCUGAGCUGGGGGGAGCACCGCAGGCGAAGGCGUGGGGAGACUCCGUCAGAACAUGGGUGGUUUGGGGUUUUUGGAGCCACUAGCCAUGAAAGGGCUCUGCUCCCGGGUUCUAGAGGCAGGGAGUAGAAGCUGGAGAUCUAUAGCAGCGAGGCCCUGGCCCCAGCCUCCGGGGAACCCAGGGCCUCUUCCCCCAGUUUGUCCUGAGCAUUUCAACCCCAGCCCCUGCUUUCCUCCCAAGCUGGCACCCUUGACUCACGAGGAGGGAGAGGAGUGCCUUGGCUGGGGUUGAAGCAGGCAAGAUGCCUACUGCCGCGCCAGGAGGGGCUGCGUGACCUCGGGUGCCCGUUGCUUCUCUGAGCUACAGCGCCUACCCCUUGUGUGGCCAUGGUCUGCAGCUGCUCAGCUCCUGUCCCGACCCUGUCACAGGGCUUCUGUGGUGAGCUGCCAGGAGACAGUGGCCCUGGCUCUGCUGUUCAGCCUUAGGGUAUGUGGUGGCUUCUGUUGGCCUUGGUGUCCCAUCUGUAAAAUGGGCAUCUGGUGAUUUGUGCGAUCUUGCCAAGGGCCCUUGUGUGUAUGUGUGUGUGUAAGUGUGUGUCUCUCCAUGUGUGUCCAUAUUUAACAUGUAAAAAAUGCCCCCCACCCCCCUGACAUGUGGUACAUUCCACUCACUGUUCCCACCAUAGCAAUAACAUUCCCGCUGCCAGGGGCUCUCGAGCCAGCCAGGCCCUGACAGUGGGGAAGGCGGCCCCGUGGUGCCUGCCUAUGAAAUUUCAACUUUCCCUUCUACAUGAGUCUGUUUCCCAGGUCUCUUCCUGUCCAUCCCGCCUGCCCCCCACUCCCAAUUCCUCCUCCAACUGCCCAAGGCUCUUUGUACAAGUUGUCCCAAUACUGUCCUAUUUUUUUUUAAAACAGUGUUUUGUAGAUUUCAGAUGACUAUGCAGAGGCCUAGGGGACCCCUGGCUCUGGGCAGGGCCUAGGGGUCCCACAUUCCAUGGCCCAGGCUUGGGGGGAGGGGGGAAUCUAGAAUUGGUUGUAAAUACUUUGCAUAUUGUCUGAUUAAACACAAAGAGACC